UUGGUAUAUUCGAAUAAGUAAACCCAUGGUCAUAUUGAUUUAAAAUUAUUUUCAGAAGAACGUAAACAAUUUAAGAAAAGUUAAUAAAAUGAGCUUACCGGCAGCACUUUUGCAGCGUUUGAAGAAGAGGGGACUGGUAUCAAAACAAACAGGAACCACACCGAUAUCAGAGGCUAUAGAAGAAAUUAUAGCUGAAAACUAUGACGAUGAUGAUAAGGGCGCCCCGUACACACCAUACAAGGAGGAGCCGGAGCCCAAGCGCAAGAGUGUCGAGGAACAGUUCUGGUCGCACCGCAUCAAGGAAAGGAUUGGCGUAAACGAGUCACACCACGGUUACAAGCUGUGCCCUAACAAGUACAACAUCUGGCACAAGUGCUCGCUCUACUGUGUCAACAAAUUCAACAGCACCCCGCACUCCUCGCAACCGAGUCAGGAGUAUCUCAAGCGCUACAAGAGAUUGCUGAGAAAGUAUCCCCUGGAGGCUGGUUGGAAGGACAUUUACGAUAAGGGCUGCAAAGCGUACUAUUUCUAUAACUCAACUACGCAGAAAGUCUCGUGGCUGCCACCAUCCCAUCCAAAGGCCCGCGUGACACACAGUGCAGCCGUCUUCCGCCGGCAACUGGCCAACUCCAACGACGAGUUUAACUUUGACUCCAACAAUUUGCCCAUCUUGCCAAAGUCUUCUGGUAACGGUGGUGGCUCCAAUGAACCAAAUGAACCUGAUAAUGCUUAUACUUCAUCUUAUGUCCCUGCCAAGAAGCAAAAAUCCAGAGACUUGGAUCGAAAACUGCAUCGGCGGCGACGUAAUGAUAAUUAGAAUUGUAGCUCUUAAUUUUUUAAGAGUCAAAAUAAAUGA